AUGAACACCAACGAUGUAUUUGACAUGGGAUCCACAUCGAAUCUCUCGGAUUCGGUGGACGAAAUCCCGAUGGAAUUGGACCUAACCGCGGCCGGUCCCCCAAUUUCCGACGACGAGGACGAAUUAGAUCUACCUGAAGACCGAGGAUGCAAAUUAUUUCUUCAAUAUGCAAAACGAGCCGCAAUGCACGUUGGGCUGGUGGUCCUGUUGUGUGGAUAUCUCAUGGGUGGGGCGACGAUGUUCUAUUUGGUGGAGGGACCGAAUGAACUCGUGCAACGAGAGUUUGAGCUGAAUCGAAUUCUGGGCACUUGGCAGGAUUUUCAAGACCACAUUUGGAACAUAACGCAAGAUGUGGACAAUCGGAUUUCCAGAGAAGCGUUCAACACCAUCAAUCAGGAAUAUUUCCGAAAACUGAUCAACUUCACCUUUAUCAGCUAUCACAAUCAGUACAUCACAGCAAGGCAUAUUUUGAAUGAGACAAGAGGAGAAGAAUUGCUGUGGACUUUCCCGAAUAGUGUUUUCUUUGCAACUACAGUCAUCACGACAAUUGGCUAUGGAAAUCUCGUGCCGACAACGACAAUCGGUCGGAUAUGCUGUAUAUUUUAUGCGCUCAUCGGUAUUCCAUUGCUUUUGGUGACAAUUGCUGACAUUGGAAAGUUUCUUUCCGAGUUUCUUAGCUUUCUCUAUCGAUCGUAUCGGGCAUUCAAGAGGAAGGUUCGACGUCAGUCAAGAAAAAUCUCUCAUCACUACCGAUCGGGUUCUCAAUCGAGAAGCAGUGAUCAAACGAGUCAUGCGGGGAGCAUGAAUCUCAAUGAUAUUGAAUCGGAAUCAGAAUCCUCAAUGGAGGACGAGUUGCGCAUUCCUGUGUUCAUGGUCCUUUUGGUUCUAUUAGCCUACACAGCAAUUGGAGGCAUUCUAUUCCAACAUUGGGAGAACAUGGAAUACUUUGAGGCCUUCUAUUUCUGUUUUAUCACCAUGGCCACAGUCGGCUUUGGAGACAUUGUGCCCACUGAACAGGUGUAUAUGUUCUUCACGAUGGCUUAUAUCAUUUUUGGUCUCUCGUUAGCCACGAUGUGCAUUGAUUUGGCUGGUACCGAAUACAUAAGAAAGAUUCACUAUUUGGGCAGUCGAAUGGAAGAUGCGAAAGGAGCUGUCAUAUCGGGCAUCCAAGUCGGUGAGCACAUAUUCAAGCACACUGGCGUUGAGGCGAUUCGGUCGGCUGGUGGGAAAGUGCUCAAAUUGAGGAGAGUCUUCGUGGAUAGGGAAGGUGGCUCAAUCGACUAUGUGCUCGUCCCUCAAAAGAAUAUUAUCUACGAGCCUCCUUCAUCGGCUGUUCUCAAACUCACCAAAGAAGCUAAUAUCAAAAUCAUGCCCGAUGACAUAACUGAGAAAGAUGGUUACAUUGUGCAGAAUAAGAGUUACGACAAGAAAUUUGUUAAUGACAAAGUCUUUGUGCGCGUCUCGCAGAAUCAAAUUCACAGAUCCUUCCGACCGGCUCAAUCCGAUACGAAAAGCGUUGUUAUUCCCGUUUUACUCCCAGAAACUAAAGUC